AUGGGGCUCGGGGAGGCGGCGCGGCGGCUCCUCGCGGCCGUGGACUGGGAGCGCGAGGCCUACCCGGCGUACGACGACUUCAUCGCGCUCCCUGCCUUCGUUCUCUUCUUCCCUACCGUCCGCUUCCUCCUCGACCGCUUCGUCUUCGAGUGGGUUGCGAGGAGGCUUAUAAAUGGGAAUGGACAUCAGAGAGCUAAUAAUGAAACAGAAGAAGCAAGGAAGAAGAUAAGAAAAUUCAAGGAAUCAGCUUGGAAAUGUGUUUAUUUCCUGUCUGGAGAGCUUUUAUCUUUGUCAGUCACAUAUAACGAGCCUUGGUUCACCAAUACCAGAUAUUUUUGGGUAGGACCAGGAGAACAGGUCUGGCCUGAUCAAAAGAUAAAAUUGAAACUUAAGGCUGUAUAUAUGUAUGCUGCUGGAUUCUACACAUAUUCCAUAUUUGCACUUAUGUUUUGGGAAACAAGGCGUUCAGACUUUGGAGUGUCAAUGUCACAUCAUGUUGCUACUGUUAUUCUGAUUGUUCUAUCUUAUGUGUUCAGAUUUGCUAGAGUUGGCUCUAUAGUAUUGGCAAUUCAUGAUGCAAGUGACGUUUUCCUGGAAGUAGGGAAGAUGUCCAAGUACAGCCAUUGUGAUUGGCUUGCCAAUGUUUCGUUUCUGUUUUUUGUUAUUUCAUGGGUUCUUCUCCGCCUCACAUAUUUUCCGUUCUGGAUUCUGAGAAGUACAAGCUAUGAGGUCUUGUUGACUUUGGACAAAAAGAAGCACAGUUUUGAUGGUCCUAUAUACUAUUAUGUGUUCAAUUCCCUUCUAUUUUCACUACUUGUUCUCCACAUAUAUUGGUGGGUUUUAAUAUAUCGGAUGCUUGUGAGACAAAUCAGGACAAGAAAUGUUGGAGAUGAUGUUCGAUCUGAUUCUGAAGGAGAAGACGACCAUGAAGAUUGA